AUGUUUCGUCCUUCUUCUCAAACAGAACAGCGGCGGCGCCUCCGCCUUUGGCUCAUACUUCGAGUAAACGGUUUUGGCCAAUCCAAAAGCCGAUUCAACCACUCCGGCACGGCGGACUUCGGUCACAACAGAUCUAGCUUGAGUCGAAACCUUCUUGACGUUGGUAGGAACAUGACGAUCCAGUUCAGAAACGGAUUCAUCGACCUUGCGAUCGACGUAUUUGAGAAGCUUCACGGGGACUUGGUGGAAUUUGUCGUAGACUGGACCGAUGACGGUUUUCACGGCUUCUUCAACGGUGUCGACGCCGGUUUUGAGUGGACCGGAUCGUUCUUCUUCCUUUUGUUUAAAUCACAACUCGUUUGGUUCAUAUCAGGGCUAUUGGGAAGCAAAGGCAAAAGGAAAACACCAAGACGAUAUGAAGUUGGAACAAAGACGCAUAACACGAAGUUUUGGAAGCUUGAAGUUUGA